UUCAAGUAAAUAAUUUCUUAUUUAGUUUUCUAUUUACGAGUUUUUUUUUCUUCUAUAUACCUUCAUCAGGGCAUGCCAAGCGUUGGCUGAGCUGGCAGCCUUAUGCUAGACGCCAAUCCAAACGGGGCAGAGAUGAAAAGGGGAAGGGUUUUGUAUGUUUUAAUUUUUUUUUUGAUAUUUUUCUGCGCCGUGCCGUACCAGUUGUACUGCCUGACUUCAUCGCUUGGGCAAAGCAAAAGCGGCACAGGAGCCAUGAACGCCCUCCACAACACGCAACACCCGUCAUGUCAUUCAGGUCGGCGGCCGGAGGAGCUUUUCAGCAAGGAGACCAUGGCCACCCCAUGAGUAUACCAAGCCCUCGUAUG